AUGUUUAUGGCAAGAUCAGAAUACGAUCGGGGUAUCAACACCUUCUCUCCCGAAGGGCGCCUCUUCCAGGUCGAGUACUCGCUCGAGGCCAUCAAGCUGGGCAGCACGGCCAUCGGGGUGGCGACGUCCAAGGGCGUGAUUCUUGGGGUGGAGAAGCGCGUGACAUCGACGCUGCUCGAGACGUCGUCGGUUGAGAAGAUUGUCGAGAUCGACCGGCACAUUGGGUGUGCCAUGAGCGGCCUGCAGGCUGACGCACGGUCCAUGGUCGAACACGCCCGCGUCGAGUGCCAGAGCCACGCCUUCAACUACAACGAGCGCCUGCGCGUCGAGAGCUGCACCCAGGCUAUCUGCGACCUGGCGCUGCGCUUCGGCGAGAGCGCCGACGGCGAGGCCUCCAUCAUGAGCCGCCCCUUUGGGGUCGCCCUGCUCAUCGCCGGCUACGACGAGGACGGCCCUUCGCUCUACCACGCCGAGCCCUCGGGCACCUUUUACCGCUACGACGCCAAGGCCAUUGGCAGCGGGAGUGAAGGCGCCCAGGCCGAGCUGCAGAAUGAGUACCACAAGUCACUCACCAUCGAAGACGCCGAGACGCUGGUGCUCAAAACACUCAAGCAGGUCAUGGAGGAGAAGCUCGACUCCAAGAAUGUGCAGCUGGCGAGCGUAACCCUGGAGCGGGGCUUUAGAAUAUACACGGACGAGGAGAUGGCUGCUGUCGUUGAGCGGCUCCCUGCGAACUAG